AUCAAUUCACAAAAUCCAUGAGUCCAUGGCAUACCUGAUACCUUGGAGGCUUGGACGAAGAAAGUGGGAUAUGUAUUCAAAAGUCUAUGUGUUGUCCACCAUUUGCAAGGGACUGGGGACAUAGGAGUAGUUUUUAAGCCGAAAGCUUUCGCAAAGUUGAGAAACGAUCGAGCAUGGUCUUUUCUACUUAUUUAGCUCGUUGCAUCACUCAAAACCAUAACCAUUCCCACAGAAACCAAACUCGCUCCCGAGAUUGAAAUGUGCGUUAAUGGGGAGAAGGCAAAUCUGGAGCUGGAGAGUCACUCAAAACCAUAUACCAAAUGAAUGGCAAGAGCUUCCAUGCGAGAACUUUUUCGGUUCCGGAACUCCAUUCUCACCUCAAAAACCAAUCUCUCUUCCCCAUUCUACUCUUCUUGUGCUUCCUCUGAUACCACCGGAACCUCACCCUCUCUUUUUCAGCGAAGUUUCGCACUUCUCGAAGCAUGUCAGAGUAUGAGGCAGCUGUUCCAAAUCCAAGCCCAUUUCAUCACUUGCGGUCUCUUCCACAACCCCUUUUGGGCAGGCAAAGUUCUGCACUUUUCUUCGGAUUUCGGCGGCGAUAUAGAUUACACUCUCUUGGUUUUCCGAUAUAUACAUUCGCCUGACAGGUUAUGCAUCAAUACUGUAAUCAAGGCUUACUCUAAGAGUUGUGUUCCGUACCAGGCUGUAGUUUUCUAUUUUGAGUGGAUGAGAAAUGGGUUUUUGCCCAAUAGCUAUACUUUUGUACCGCUUGUUGGUUCUUGUGCGAAGAUGGGUUGUGUUAAAUCUGGACUAGAGUGUCACGGGCAGGCUAUUAAGAAUGGAGUUGAUUCUGUGGUUCCAGUGCAAAACUCGUUGAUUCAUAUGUAUGGUUGUUGUGGGGAUAUUGAGCUUGCUAAUAAGGUGUUUGUCGAAAUGUCAAAGCGGGAUUUGAUCUCGUGGAAUUCGAUUGUGGAUGGGUAUGCUAGAAUUGGUAAUUUGGGUGUUGCUCAUCAACUGUUUGAUUUGAUGAAUGAAAGGAAUGUGGUUUCUUGGAAUAUUAUGAUUAAUGGGUAUUUAAAAGGUGGGAAUCCUGGGUGUGGGUUGAAGUUGUUCAGGGAAAUGGUUAAGACGGGGUUGAGAGGUAGUGAUACCACUAUGGUUGGCGUGCUCACUGCCUGUGGUCAUUCAGCUAGACUGAAGGAAGGAAGAUCAGCUCAUGGUUUUCUCAUUAAGAUGUUCUUGAGACCAACUAUAAUUAUUGAUACAGCUUUAAUAGAUAUGUAUAGCAGGUGCAAAAGAGUGGAUGUAGCCUGUGAAGUGUUUAAGAGGAUGGCAAAUAGGAAUUUAGUUUGCUGGAAUGCAAUGAUCUUGGGGCAUUGCCUUCAUGGGAAUCCAGAAGAUGGGCUUACCCUAUUUGGUGAAAUGUUGGGUAGAACAAGGUCAAAACCUGUAGAAACCAACCAUGGGAAGCAUUUGAGGCCAGAUAAAGUGGAAGAAGGAAUUAUUCCAGAUGAAAUAACCUUCAUUGGUGUUCUGUGUGCAUGUGCCCGUGCUGGAUUUUUAACAGAGGGCAGAGAUUACUUCAGCCUAAUGAUAGAUGUAUAUACUAUAAAGCCCAAUUUUGCACAUUAUUGGUGCAUGGCUAAUCUCUAUGCCAAGUUGGGGCUUAUCCAAAAGGCAGAGGAAAUCGUAAGGAAUAUGCCAGAAGAUGAGGACAAGUCAUCAGAAUCCCUGCAGUGGGCUAAUUUGCUGGGUUCAUGUCGUUUCCUAGGAGAUGUGUCUUUGGGAGAACGAAUUGCAAAAUCUCUAAUCGACAUGGACCCUCAAAAUCCCUCAUACUAUCAACUAUUGCUGAAUGUCUAUGCUGUGGCAGGUCAAUGGGAGGAUGUUGCUAGGGUAAAAGAGAUGAUGAAGGAUCAAAAGCUGGGAAGGAUGCCAGGAUGCAAUCUUAUAGAUCUCAAAGAAAUAGUCCACAAUCUGAAAGUAGGAGAUUAUUGGCGAGAAAGAAUGGAGGAGGCCAGCAUGAUGAUGGAAAGGCUCAAAAGUUAAGCUUGUUGAGUACCACUCUGAAAUGACCACCAGAACACAGCACAAAUACUGGAAUUUAACAUCAAAAACAAGUGAAGACAACAGCAAAUGGUUUGGUUUUGCCUUUUUGGAAAACAUCAUUACACUUUGGCGGCAGAGUUGGUUUCAAAUAGAGCAUAUUAACAGAACAACUACAAGCAUAGAUCUUUCUAUAAUGGUUAGAUGCCCCCCAAGACUGAAUCUUCUAUUUAAUUCAGCCAUCACUUGGGGGAUUUUAUCACUGAAGAGAACAAGCAGAUUGUUGGUCAUCUUAAAGGUUAGUCUUCAACCGGUUUUCACAUUUUUCUCUCCAACUGGAUUUCCAUUUAAGUUUCUAUUGUUUUGAGUGAUGGGUUCUACGUUUUCUUUGUGUUUCUCCUAUUUUGUUUUUUAGAUCAUUCUGAUUUACAUGUUUGAGCACAAAUUGAAAACUUUAGGGGAUUGGAACUCUGAUAAUGUACCGAUUGUAGUGGGAAAAUCAUGGUUCAAAUUUUUUAAAGUUGGUGGUAUUGGUGAACAGAGGCACUUAAUAAUCACUAAGCUCUCAAAGUGUGUGUGAAAUUUCUUAAAUGUCUUCUGGUUUCUUAGGGGCCCAUUUAAUGUCUUUGGUAAAUAACUUAAACCUUUCAGCUUGGUGUUGCUCAUCUUUUACAAUCAUUACUUAAAUUGUUUGCAUGUACUUAUUGUUUACAUUUUUAAACUACUUAUGUUCUAGGACAUGGAACGGCUACUCAUUAAAAAGGGUCCCAACUAUGGUUCACAAAGAAAGAAAUUUGUGCUGAUUUCAGGAUACGGCACAAAGGUUUAAAAUAAACUUGAUAACUUUAUUUUUUGAAAUAAAUUAUGUAUCAAUGAGAAUUUAGUAGAGAUUGUUGGUAAUAAUAAGUUGUGCUGAAUUUGAUUGUUGCUAUCUAUCUCAUAUGUUGUAGCAUGACCUUUCUCCCAAAUGUGAGAACUUCUUGGUUUAUAUUGCACUUUUCUCCGAUCUGUUUCAUUUUUGUUCUUGUUUGUCUUCACAUUCUUUCUUCAUUGUUUUGUGUUUCAUUGUAAUAACUUGUUCUCAUAUUCUCAUAUCUCAUAUUCGCAUUCUAAAAUCCAUGAGUACUUUGCUGUGCAUUUUCUAGAGAAUGGGAGGUACGACUUAGUUUGCUUGUUCACUUAAAAUACUUUUUUUUUGGGGAUACCUCAAAAGAUAGGAACAAAGCAACAAUUCAUAGAUGACAAACGCCUACAUUAGUAACAAAACACAUUUGCUGCUUGAUUUGCCCAUUGUCUAAUAUGGUCUACAAUUCUCUGAUCUACCACCAUACAAUAAAAAAUUAUGCCCUGUUUCUUCCAUUGUGAAAGAUCUUCAGCCACUACUGAAAUGUUCCAUGGAAGAAUGUCCCUCCCUGCCAUUACUGCACUAGUGUACCAAAAGUCUGUUAGGAUAACUAUCUUGCUAAAGCCUUUGGAAAUUGCUUGGUACAAGGCUUCUCUGGCUGCUAGUAGGUUUGCAGAUCUUGAGUUGUGAACUUGGCUGGUAUGGCAUCCUCUAAAAAGUUCAUUUCCCUCCCUGUUGCUAGGGGACUGGAACUUCACGGAGCUCUUACAGCAGGAGUCUAAUAUGAAUAAUGAAUUCAUGAUAGAAUCCCCACAAGAUGAAGUAUAUACCCAACAGUCUCCACCUAAAGUUCAAAUGAAUCCAUUGUUAAGAAGACACAACGGGGUGGUAAUUUCACAGUAGAAGAAGACUGCCUCAUUGUAUUGGCACGGCUCAAUAUGUCCAUGAAUGUGGUGCAAGGGAAUGAGCAAAAGCACAAAACAUAUUGGAAUAGAGUUUGGGACUACUUCCAUAAAGAGAAGAGUCAGAAGACAUCUAAAUUUGACCAUACUGCAAACUCUGUAAUGAAUAGUCAAUCAUUGAUUCAACUUUGCAUCAAUAAGUUUGUUGGGUGCUUAGCUUCGAUUGAGUAUAGUAAUCGAAGUGGUGUGAAUGAGCAAGAGAAGAUUACUAAAGCAAAGGAACUGUAUUAAAAGGUUCACAAAACCUCAUUCCAAUUGGAUCAUUGUUGGAAUAUCUUGAGGCAUCAACCAAAAUGGUUGGAAUUUCAUUCAAAGCCUCAAAUGAACAGAAGAUCAUCUGCAACAUCUUGUCCUUAUACUCUGAAGUUGAUAUAUCUAAGGGAAGAUGAGGCCUCCCAUGCUUCCUUUGUAGACUAGGAGAGACCACCAAGUCAGAAGGCAGAAAGAGAAUGAUUAAAGAACUAAAAAAGUAAUGAUGGUAUGAUUUCAAAUCUUGAAGGGAUAUUGAAUGACAUGAGAAAUGAAAAAGAAAAAUUCUAAUGAGAAAAAUGUUUUUCUUGAGAGGGCAUAUUCUCAAACUUAAGAACUCGUUGAGCUAAAGAAGCAUAUCAAGAACUCAUGGAGAUCAAGCAAAUGGAGGUUGGAGAUCUGGUUCGUGUCAAGGGAGAGAAGCUUCAAUUAAAAUGAACUAAUCAAGACUUGGAAAUCAUUAUGAUGGACACUACAAAAUUGGAUCUAGUGCAGUAACAAUGCAUUAGCCAACUCCGCCAAGAAAUCAUUGAAUGUCAGGAGGAGUAAUUAGUGAAUAUUAUUACAAUGUAUUUCUUAAGCAAUCUAGUCAUGCAACUUAUUGCACAAUGUAUGGAUUUUGUUGUUAAGA